GGUGGAGAGCAUGGGCGUCAGCAUCUACCGGCUGUACGACGAGGUGGGCGGGCAGCGCGGCUCCCCGGGGCCGAGCCCUGCGGGCCGGGGUUGCGGUCAGGCUGAGUUCCGCCGUUGCCGCCCCGGCUCGGUUUCUCCCGGCUCUCAGAAAGCGGCUUGCAGCGUAAUGCUAUUAACUGCUGAUGGAGAAAGCCGCUCUACUGCUGCUGUAAACACCGCUCUUCCGAACGGCGGCGGGCAGCGGCGGGGCGCACGAGGCCGUUAGCAGCACGGAGCGCCCCGCCGCGCGCUGUCCCCGCGGCUUCGGGUGGGCAUCGCUUCCCCCGCUGGGAGCUCCCUGAAACGGCUGACCCGUUACAGUUUUCUUAUUGUAAACGGCUCUCUUGCUGCGAGAUGUGCUGCUUCACUUCUCAGAUCACGAUUUGUUAUUUCAUGCUCCAUCAAAACGCUGCUGCUAAAACCAAAAGGUUUUUAGUAGAAGUUAUUUAAUGAUGUAGGCCGCAAUUUGUCCAGCAAUGGAACAGAUACGUUGGUAGCAAUCAGGACUUUAUGAAUAUAAAAUCUUUGGUGGUCUUGCUGACUGUCCCCCAAAACUCUGUGCAGAUGUCUAUAUGGAUUUAGAGUACAGAAAGCAGUGGGAUCAGUAUGUUAAAGAACUGUAUGAGAAAACGUAUGAUGGUGAAAAGAUAAUCUACUGGGAAGUGAAGUACCCUUUUCCUCUCUCAAACAGAGAUUAUGUCUAUAUUCGUGAAUGUCAAGAGAUGGAUGUGGAUGGGCGGAAGAUCUGGGUUGCGUUAGCUCAAAGUGUGUCUGUUCCUCAGUGCCCUGAAAAGCCUGGUAUUAUCAGAGUUAAAAGUUAUAAACAAAGUCUGGCAAUUGAAAGUGAUGGCAAGACUGGAUCUAAAGUCUAUAUGUACUAUUUUGAUAAUCCUGGUGGCAUGAUUCCAUCGUGGCUGGUCAACUGGGCUGCCAAGAGUGGUGUGCCUGCUUUCUUGAAGGAUAUGCAAAAAGCUUGUUGUAACUACUCUAAAAGAGCAUAGGUCACUUUUGAUCUGAAUUAUUUAAUUCCUAAAGUUCUGCACUUAAAGAAUGGCUAUUAUGUAACACACUGGAUAAAAUCUACCUCUAAUAUUGGAAAGAAUUUUUGUUGUUGGUUUAUGCCUUGAAUCUUAUUAGACCUUUGUUUCCUUCUCCAAAGGAAGUUAGUUGCCAACAUGAUAAUACCAUCAUCAGUUGCCUCCUUUUCAUAGCACUUGCAUUCUGUCAUGUCACCCAUGCUUUGUGCUGAUUGUCAUAGGUCAGCUAGAGUUUUAUUGAUUAAAGCAUUACAUUUUUGGGAAGAGAUAAUAGUUCUUACUAGGAAAAAUGUCUGAAUUUAUUCUGAAAAUUCUCUGCACGUAUUAUGCCUGAGUGUCUCUUUGUGGCCUUGCAGGGUGACUUCUUACUGAAAUUGGAUAAUACAACUUGCAUUGCUUAGGAGGAACCGCUUUUGCUACGUGAAUUUAUCAUACUUGAAAUGGUCUUCUCUACUAAAAAAUAAAAAAUAGCACAUACAGGUAAAUUACCUGAAGCCUGCAGUAGGAACUGGAAUGUUUACUAAGCUUCCCUGUGAUGGCUUUAAGUCCAGAUAUAAAAGGAUGUGUAUGUAAAGCCUUGCAUUCACAUCUCAGUAUACCUAUAUGGAAAGUAUAAAGCAUUAGCUGUGUCUAGCUAGCAAAAAAAGAAGUUUGCUUCCAUGGUUAAUUUAAUGGGAACAAGUUACAUCUUUAGAGUCCGUUCCCUUACUGACUGAUUGGAAAGCAGCUUGGACACCAGCUCUAAAUUGGAAAGAAUUUCAAACUGGAUGCCUGUAACUGCUUUUAGAGAUGCUUGUUUCCCUGCUUGUGAAUUAAAUUAAUAUGAAAGUUGUGGUGGUUUUACAUUUUUAAUGCUGAUGUAAAGAGUGAAAAAUGUUCAUUUUGGAUGGCAAUCCACUAGAAACACAACCAAGCAGGAAAUUACAUUUGCAGCACCUUUGCAGGGGAAGGACAGAGUUCAGCAAUGUUGAGAUAGCCUCAGUCUCAGGGAUUGAAAAUAUUUUGCAUCUCUACUAAAUCUAAUCUUGUUGCUGUACAAAUCUUGUGAUGGAAUAAGUUUAUAUUGCUAAAGAAGAAAUGGUUGAAGUCGUUGCCUUUAUAUUUUGUGUGUUUCCAAUAAAUCAUUACUGUAUCUA